CACAAAACCAGUAACAGCAUUCAAACUCUUCUCCCCGUUGCUCCUCUAUCCUCCCAAUAAACGUGUGUUGCUUACCUUGCUUGGUCCCGAGCAUCCGUUUGUUCAAGGGUUGCGCUGGGAUAAUCUCGACCGUAUUUCCAAAAGAAUUCGCGUUCACUCAGAUUGCCAUGUCUAG